AUGCAUCUGCCUUUGACCGCCGCCCUCGCCGUCCUCCCGGCCUUGGCCCUGGGCCAGGUCUCGGGCAGCGGCAAGACGACGCGCUACUGGGACUGCUGCAAGCCGAGCUGCGGCUGGCCGGGCAAGGGCGGCAACCCGAUCCGGACUUGUGACAGGAACGACAACAUCCUCAACGACGGCGGCAACACGAGGUCCGGCUGCGACAGCGGCGGCAACGCCUACAUGUGCUCCAACCAGAGCCCCUGGGCCGUCAACGACUCGCUCGCCUACGGCUGGGCCGCCGUCAACAUCGCUGGCAGCACAGAGUCCCAGUGGUGCUGCGCCUGCUACGAGCUGACCUUCACGAGCGGGCCCGUCCAGGGCAAAAGAAUGAUUGUGCAGGCGUCCAACACGGGCGGCGACCUGGGCAACAACCACUUUGACAUUGCCAUGCCCGGCGGUGGUGUCGGUAUCUUCAACGCCUGCACCAACCAAUACGGCGCGCCGCCAAACGGCUGGGGUGACCGGUACGGCGGCAUCCACUCCAAGAGCGAGUGUGCCAGCUUCCCGGAAAAGCUCAAGGCCGGCUGCAACUGGCGUUUCGACUGGUUCCAAGGCGCCGACAACCCGGACGUCACCUUUAGGCAGGUUACCUGCCCGGCUGAGAUCACGGCCAAGAGCGGGUGUGGUCGCUGA